GACUUUCCACCUGUCGGAGGUAUACAGCCUGAGCGAGAGGGCCGUUGACACUGGCACCGACAGACCCCCCAGAGGCUGCAGUUUGACCCACAUUAGUUCACCCCGUGACGGGGACAGCGGGGGGGGGGGAGAAGGCCAUGAACUGGGAGCCCGCAGCCUUCGGUAACAGCGGUGUGUGUGUGUGAGAGGGGAAGAUGCAGACGGAGAUAGGGGAACCCGCGUCCCCGAGCUGGUGGAAACUCACCUUCCUCCGCAAGAAGAAGAGCAGCGCGAAGGUGCUGUACGAGAUUCCCGGGGAGCGGGGCUGUCCCGACAGUAAGGAGGGUGGCGGUGGGACCGAGAGCCGGGCCAACUCGGAGCUGGAAGCCCGCCUGGAGAAAAUCGUGGACAAGAACACCAAAGGCAGGCAUGUGAGGGUCUCCAACUCGGGCAGGUUCAAAGAGAAGAAGAAAGUCCGGACCAGUCUGUCCGAAAGCCCCGGCUUCUACAACGAUUCAGGCAACAGCGGCGGGGCGCAGUCGUGAACCUCCCGCCGGGAUCGAUCCCCCAACCACCUUCCCUCCCCCCUCCACCCCAAGCCUUUCCCGGGAGGGCUACAGACCCGGCACCGUCCAGAAACGAGAGGCUUCUCCUGCACUAAAUGGAAGAAAUUGGUUCCUCUAACUGUGCUCAGGAUCGAGCCGUGCCUUCUGAUUUUAAAGGGUUCAUACCUGCAACCUACUUCCAGGGGUCACUGUUUCCCUCCCCAAAUCCCACCGCCCCCACCCACUUUAAAGAUGAACCGACUUGGAAUCCUCCCCAAUUUCAAAAGCAUCAUGUUUUUUUUAAACUCCGAACAGUUUAUCUGCAGGAAAGGAGAUUGUGGGUUCUCGGUUUGAGUUUUGGAACAACGCCAGGGUGUGGGGCUCCCCUCGUCGUGAGAUUCCCGGAAAGCUGGAGUGUGGAAGGCCUGGAGAGAAAGCGGCUGGGGGUUGCUGGAGCUCGACUCCGGGAGGGACACGCUAUCCCACCGGGGUGCGGAGGUUGUAACUGAAUAUUUCACCCUGACAUUGCACUACAUUGCGUGUGCGUGAGAAGAUUCACCGUUUCUUUUUUUUGGGGACAAUAAUGAGGAUUUGAGGCGAUGGGGUGGGGGGCGCACAAGGAGUGACUCUCUUUGAAAAGGAACUAGGAGAAGACUUGCAUGUGCAAAAAUAACACAUUGGAUUGUAAUUGUUACAGAGAUAGUAGGGACUGCCGAUGCUGGAGAAUCUGCAUUUGGUCCGCAGUGAAUGUUAGAGAAACUGGGACCCAGCUUUUGUGUGGGAGCUACUGAGUGUACAGUGUAAUUGUAGGAUUUCGGGGGAAAUGCUGAGUGGCAGCUUGUGAACGGGGGCUGGGGCGAGGUUCCGAAGCCCCGUUUUUAAAGCUGAUUUAUAAUUAAAUGACCUGAAUCGACUAUGACUCUGUCAGCUUUUAACAGUUUUAAUUGUGUGAAAUGCCUUGAGCCAUGUGACUUUAUUAAAGGUGCCGUAUAAAUGCAAGUUCUAUUCAGUCAUAGGCUUCGCGGGUAGAAAUCUAAUCGAAAUUCUCAGAUUUGUAUGUAUACAGGUGAGAGAGAGAAUGAUUGAGGUGAAGGAGGCUGUACGAGCCGAAUGGCCUACUGCCACCGCCCCCCGCCCCGCUCCAUGAAACCAUGCCUUCUAAGAAGUUUCAAAUGGUUGAGAAACAAAAAUGUGCUAAAUUAAAAACAACAAAAUACUUAAGGUGCUAGAAAUCUGCAAUAAAAAUACAAAGUGCUGGAGAAACCCAGCAGCUCUGGCAGAAGCUGUGGAGAGAGGGAAAACCGCUUAUGUUUCGGUACCGUUCAUAGAACAGAUUUUGAAACAGCUCAGAAGAGUCAUUACUGGACACAGCAUUAACUCUGCUUCUUCCUCCACAGACCAGCAGAAUUUCUCCAAUUUUAUUGAGAUCUAGAAAGUUUUAUCAAAAAAGUCCUUCCUGGCUGUGAGCACUGAAUGAUGUCUGGAUCGGACAGCUCAUCAGGAUAAAAUGCACAGGAAACAUGACCCGGUUUAGAUACUCAGUAACAAAACUGGAGCAGGACUUCAGAUCAGACCCUUCAGACUCAGAUGGUUAAAUAAAUAUCCACAUUCAUCUCUUUUGCAUGGUAGGUUUUUUCUACCAUAAAUAUUGUGUGUUGUUCGAAGGUGUCACGAUAGUCACACCUGUGUCUAGUCAGUGAGUUCUGUUGGGCAACACUGAGUUAGCAGAUCAGCACAAAAUCCAGCAACUUAGUCAAGGUAUCACCCCCCAUGAGUAUUAACAUAUUCACCUUUGUGGUGUCUGAGACACAUGUCCCAUAACUUUGUAAAAACGGACAGCCAGCUUAUGUGCAAAAUUGAGAGGAAGGACAUUCACUUUGUAAAUUAAAAUGAAUGUGUCAGUUUGUGACUGAGGCCAAUAUCUGGCCUUAAAUAGAGGCUCAAUAUUGGAAUCCUACAAUAAGUUAAAUGGUAUCACUGCCUUUCGCAGAGUUGGCCUUUCUCUCCAGCUAUUUGGGAGCUAAGGCCAGCCAAGGGCAAUAGACAGGCCUGUAAUUUGGGUGCAAUGAUAAUAGGGUAAAUUUGUAUCUAUAUCGCACCUUGUAUGACUGUGGGACCAAAAUGUUUUCUAGCAAAAAUGUUUUGAGGUUCCUCUUCAUUUAUUAAUAUUUUGAAUUGAUUAUUAAAGUGAUGAUGGUUUAAUGGUCACCCCCAGAGACUAGCUUUUUUCAAAAAAUUGGAGAUUUUCUUAAUUGAAUUUGAAUUCCAGUAGGUGCCAUGGUGGGAUUUGAACUCAAUGAGAUUCCAGAUGUGGGUUGUCGUACUUCUGAUUUGAAAAAUGAAUAAUAUACAUCACCAGCCAUGUGACCUCAAUAUUAUUUACAACCAUGGUAUAUUGGUGAACCAUACUGGGUCUCUUGUAUUUUUCAUUGUACAAAACAUCAGAGUUUGUGCAAUGUAUUCGUUUUGGUAACUGAAGGGUGGCAGAUCUUUCUAUCAAAGAUGUGCAUUUAUUUAAAUUUUUUUAAUGUUUUUAACACCCUUGUAUUUAUUUCAUUUAGUACAGUCACUGGUUAUGGAUUUUGUACAUUGUACCAACGUGCUCAUAGCAAGCUUCCACAAACAGAAGCGCAAAUUACUGCAUUAUCCAUUUCAAUGAUAUUGAAUGAAGGUUAAAUAUUGGCCCAGGAUACCAAGUAGAGCUCCUGGUCUCUGUCUCUCUGAAGUUGUGUCAUGCAUUCUUUUCCCAUCCACUUGAAAGGGCAGGUGGCAUUUCAGUUUAACAUACCAUCCAAAAGAACCAGGAGUACUUUUUAAGCAUUAUUUGGUGGGUGUGGAUAUUGCUGGCGAAGCUGGCAUUCAUUGACUGUCCCUAAUUGUCCUUCAAUUGAGUGACUUCCCAACCUCUGAAGAGGGCAAUUAAGAGUCAACCACAUUGCUGUGGGUCUGGAGUUACAUGUAGGCCAGACCAGGGGAGGAUGGCAGAUUUCCUUCCCUGAAGGAUAGUAGUGAGCCAGAUGGGUUUUGACAAUAAGCACCAAUAGUUUCUGGAUCACCAUUUUGAGACUAGAUUUCAAUUUGAGAUUUAUUAAUUGGAUAUAAGUUCCACCAGUUGCUGUGGUGGUCUUUGAACCUAUGUUCCCAAAGCGUUAGCCAGGCCCUCUCCAUUCAUGCUAGUCCAGUGACAAUGCCACUACAUCACUAUCUUCCAGUUCCUCUUGAGAAGGGCAGAACUCAUUUCUGCAAUGAAAUAUCAACCUACUGAAUGUGUUUGAGCAUCUUGAGCAAAACGUUGAUCCACAAGCUUCUGAGUUUGGUUAAGUCAAUAUCCGUAAGCUGGAGCUUCAGCCCUUUGAGUCCACUCCUCCAUUCAAUGAGAUCAUGGCUGAUUUGAUAAGCCUCACCUCCACUUUCUUGCCUGUUUCCUGGAACGAUUUUUUGUUUACUGUUUAAAAGUCUGUCCCAGCGCCAAAUAUACUUAAUGACCCAGCCUCACAUUUAUUGCCUGCAAGGUGUUUCCUAUGGAAGGCUUUUGUGGUACAAUGGUAGUGUCCCUGUUGCUGAGCUAGGAGACCUGGAUUUGAGUCCCACCUGCUCCAGGGGUAUGUGAUAACAACUCUGAGAAGUUGGUUUGAAAAAUUACAUUUAAAAAGUGGUGUUUUCUACUUCAAAUGUUGUAUUGUUCAUAAAAAUGUUAC